UGAUAUUAUUCCUCUACGUCAAUUGAACAUCAAUAGGUUCUCGAUUGAUGUCCCAUUGCGAUGAAUAAGGUAGGCUGGAUAGUGGAAGUUUCCAGACAAAAUUUUGUAUCGGGCGGGAAAUCCAGUGGUGGUCGAAAAUUCGUCUCCAACUGUUUUGUUGUGCGUCGUUUGUUCUGCGCUUCUCGCAAACAAUUCAUUCAUAACAACGCGCAUCAAAUCCAUUCGCAACUGGUCUUACGCAGAAGCAAGGUACCUUUUCAAUCACACGGCUUCCCCGUUCAAAGCUGACCACAUCCUAUAGCAACCAAGUGUCUAAGAUGUCGGACACCUCUGGCGAUAGCGAGAGCUCAGUCGAGUAUGAUGGUCUGAAACCUUUUCUUUCCAGGCACAAGAGCGCGCACUCAGUAGCUCAAAGUAUGAGCCGCGACGACAAUGACAGCGAGUCCGACACCGACUCCUCAAGCGAGGAAGAGGGCGAAGGCGACGAACUUGUUGGCCAAACUGCCAUGUCCAAGAAGCUGGGCUACCCGUAUGUCUUUGGCAUGAAGAGCGAAAUCCAUCUCGUCAAGACUUGGUUGAAAGGGCUUGCCAACGAGUCUAUACAUGAACAAGUCUGCAUCACCAAGCAGCACAUCCGCCAUGACAAGAGAAUCAUGGACAACUUGGGACAUUGUCUGAAAGACGCUGCCCCCAUGGCCGACAAGUAUGUUGCGCACCGACGAGCCAUACCAAUAGUAAGUGCUGACGUUCUCUCACAGGGUAUCGCAAUUUAUGUCCGCCUCAGUCCAGAAGUCUGUUGCAUCGUACUUCGACAAGGCCACCAAGAAGAUACUCGCAGCCGAAGGAACCGGAAGUGCUCUCCUGAAGGAUCUUCUGGCCAUAAACUCUUUCAGAUCUGAGAUGUUGGAGGCGAUUGAGCAGGAAGUGAUCCUGAACGACGAUUUCCCUCACGCCAAGAUGGGCGCACUCAACACGGAGAUCAGCAAGGUCGUCAACUCUCACCUCAAGACCGUAUUGCUCACAGAAGCAAAAAAGAAGUCCGAGGUCAGA